UAGAGACUGAAAGAGAGUCUUUUAGAGAUCAGAGUAAGUAAGGGCAGAGAUCAGAUUACUAUAUUCAUAUAAACGAAAUGAAAAGAGAGAGAAAGCUUACAGAUAGAGAGAGAGUUGGGAAUCGAGCAUUAUUUGGAGCAAAGCGAGUGAGAGUGGUAUUGGUAAUGAAUGAAUAUUGGUACGCUGUUCUAUGCAUAUAUUGCAUUACUCUCCUCCUUUGCUGGUCUUUGUCUCCUCUUGUUUCCAAACACGCCAAAACCUAAAACGCACAUAUAAUCAAAUGUAUUCCUCCUCUACACGUGCAACUUUUCUCGCUCUCAACCCAAGCACAACCAAUCUCUCUCAUUUGAGUGAUAGAUUUUGACAUUAUAUAUAAUAGCUAUCUACCUAUAGCUUUAGCUUGGCUAGGAUUUCCCUGCGCCUGAAAAUAGUGAGAUAAAAAAAAGACGAUCCCAACAUUAAAUCUGGAUUGUUUUAUGCCUCCUCCUCCUAGCUAGCUCUCUUUCUCUCAUUUAUCUUAUUCUCCGGUCUCUCUUUGUCAUCCAACAAACACCUAGCUACCAUGCAUCACCAAGAAGAUGAAGACGACUCGGUUUUUCUCACUCUCGGCCCUCCCGGACAGCCAGCUCACCGCCACAUCCAACAAUCAUCCUCCUCCUCAUCUACCCAGCCUCACCAUCAAAACCCUAAUUAUAGCACAAACCAUGAGGAUGGUGUCACAGUAGCCCUUCACAUUGGGCAGCCCUUUACCACUUCUGGACCUUCAAGCAACAACAACAACAACAACAACAAUGUUCGCAUUGGUGCUCCUAUGGAAGGCCAGUACUGGAUCCCUUCUCCAGCGCAAAUCCUCGUCGGCCCAACUCAGUUCUCCUGCCCCGUCUGCGGCAAAACCUUCAACAGAUACAACAACAUGCAGAUGCAUAUGUGGGGGCACGGCUCGCAGUACCGGAAGGGACCAGAAUCGUUGAGGGGAACGAAGCCAUCUUCAUCCAUACUCCGUCUUCCAUGUUACUGCUGCGCCGAGGGCUGCAGGAAUAACAUAGACCACCCGAGGUCAAGGCCGCUGAAAGACUUCAGAACUCUGCAGACACAUUACAAGAGGAAGCACGGGACGAAGCCGUUCGGUUGCCGCAAAUGCGGCAAGCCGUUUGCGGUGAGAGGAGACUGGAGAACGCACGAGAAGAACUGCGGCAAGCUCUGGUUCUGCAUCUGCGGCUCGGAUUUCAAGCACAAAAGGUCCCUCAAGGACCACGUGAGGAGUUUCGGUGAUGGCCACGCGCAGUACGCUGUGGAGCUGUGCGCUGAAGCUGAGGAGGAUGAAGAAGAAGAUCUAGAGGAUGAGGAUGAUAAUGACGAAAGCAGGGACACUAAUGGAGGAGGUCAGCAUCAUGGAGUUGGGUCUGUUUAUUUUAACUAUUAAUUAAGCUAAGUUAAGACAUUAUAAUGGGAUGCAGUAGGAGUAUGGGACUAGUUGGAGUUGGCUAAUUGUUUUGGAUAUGGUGUAAUUAAUUAGAUUUAGUUUGGUGAGGACUACUUAAUUGACAGUCUGAAUGUCUGUGUCCGUCUCUUGUGUGUUUAUGAGACUGAGAGAGAAAGAGGGAGCGAGAAGAAGAUGACAAAUAGUAUGAUAGCCAAGGUCCUAUGCAUUUAAUGUUGGAAGUGGCAGUUCAAUCCUUUAAUUCAAGUAUCUACC